UUUGCUUCGUGGAUCCAUUUGUGUCACCUGCAAGGCAGUAUGUAAUUAUUAGAAGCAAUAGUCGGUGCAUAAAAUUCAUAAAUUAUGUAAAGACGAAGAAAUAUUAAAUGGAUAUAACUGAAAGAGAAAAAAAAUGUCUAUAUAUACUGAAAGUAACAAAGACUUUAUCUUUAAAUAUAUCUAUCAUUCACAAUAUUCAUAUAUACACAUAUUCUUAUAUAUAGUAACAGCAAAUACUUUCCGAACUUGUAAAUUUCAGCAAUAUGACGAUCAUAGAGAUGAGAGUUCACAUAGAUUGUGCCGGAUGCGAAAGCAAAGUGAAAAGCACCCUUGAAAAAGUGAAAGGCGUGGAUGAGGUGGAUAUAGACAUGAACUUGCAGAAGGUGACGGUGACUGGUUACGCCGAUCAGAAGAAGAUUCUAAAGGCGGUGAGGAAGACGGGAAAGCGAGCCGAGCUGUGGCAGCUGCCGUACCACCCUGAUGAUUACAGUAUUAUCAAUCAACACCAAAUCACUGGCCCAGUCCCACACUACGCACCACAGCCUUCUUCUUCUUACAACUACUACAAACAUGGCUACGAUAAUCAUCAUGACCGCACUCACUACUAUAAUCCUGCCCGCGGAUCUGCCUCCACUACUGCUAUCUUUGGCCACCAAACUGGUGCGGCUUUUAGUGAUGAAAACCCUCAUGGUUGUUCUAUCAUGUAGUCAUAUGCAUAUAUCAUAAUAAUUGAAGCAUUAAAUUAUUAAUUACCUUUUGCUUGAUUAUUAUGUCAUGAAUUAGCUAUCUUAAUUUGUGUGAUGGUAUUGGAUGUGUUUUUGUUUUCUGUUAUUUUUGUUGUUGUAAAAUUAAGCUUUAUCAAUGCCAAUUUUUUGGAUUAA